GUUGCGGAGGCCAUAGGUGCGAUAAGAGCUCCCCAUUCUACGCGAUAGUGCGUGCAGGGCUCAUUCUAUCUCUCGUUGACGCUUAUCUGGGCAAAGUGUCUGACACCACCCAGGUGCGAUAAGCUCGGUAAAGAAAGCCACCACGCUCUUGUGCGAGCGUAGCAUUCGUGCCUGAAGACGCCGCCAUGCCGGAUCAAGGACGAGGACGGGUGCACCGUUUUCGUGACCACGUCGUCGCCGGCGUCAACUGGCGACCGACGCGGCUCGUCGACGAGGUCCCCAGUUCACGUGUGUGCGGCCUCUGCCGCAUGAUCCCAAAACGGACGGUGGUGUUGCCGUGCUUGCAUGCUCUGUGCCAAUCUUGCCACGCAGCCAGUCUCGAAGGGGGCGUUGUUGGCCAGUGUCCGUUGGAUCGAGAGGCAUUCGAAGAAGGGGAGUGCGUCGGUUCUGAAUUCCCGGCCAGGAAAGCGAACGCCGUGAAGGUGUACUGCUGGAACGAAGCGCACGGCUGCGAGUACACGGGCACCAUGGACCGCAUGCUGGAACACUACGAGAACGAGUGCACAUUUCACGCCGUGGAAUGUUUGCGAUGCGGCGAGGGAGUCCAGCACAGAGACCUGCCAACGCACUACGCAGCCGGAUGCAGUGCCGGUGUGUCUACUGCGAUCACAGAGUCCUCGCAACCUACAGCAGUGACACUCGAAGACGUGAACGCUGCCCUUGCAGACAUGAAGGCGAUGCUGGGAUCCCUCAACCACGACCAGCUCCUGCCAGUGAUGCAGAGUCAGUUGAAUAAGCUUACAGAACAAGCCAGAAACCAGGAAGCCAGGUUCACUCGCGAGCUCGGAGCAUGCGAGCAGAAUUUAAAGGCCGAGAGAGACCAAAUCACCGCCACGAUUUCCUCGACCACGUCGCAGCAGCGGACGUCUCAGCAAAAUCCAUUGGACGAAGCCAGCACGUCGAGGUCGCUGUCGUUGAGCUCGGAACAAGAAGAUGAGAUACGUCGAAAGUGUGAACACUCAGCUGUCCUGGAACACUCGCGGCAAACUUCCCCGAAGCCUGAUUCCAGCCGUGUCAUUGCCCGUUGUAAGACUUUGCGCGGUGACGUUCGGCAUUUGAUCAGUGCGCUGUCGAUACCCGAGCCCAUUAAAAAAGAUCGGAUCGUGACAUAUCAGCUGACCCUAGAAAACUUUAGGGAAAUCAUUCAGUGCCAGGAAGGCUUCAAACAUUUUGCCGAGAUUACGGUGCGGCACAUGGAGGACACCUACUUUACCAUUGCCAUUGUGAAGUACGGCGGUUCUGCAGGUGACCUCGUUCUGAAGAUCCAGUUUAACGGGACGCUGGUGGACUCCAAGUGUUGGCCGCCUUUCUGGACAGUGUACGCGAUGGAUGCAGGGUCAUCUUUUCGACGUCCGCUGACUCCCGCUGCCGAGCGUUGUUCCUGCAACCGCGAUGACCCCUCAUUGCCACACUUCCACCUCCAAUUUCAUAUAGACAUUGACUCGCUGAAACAUGACGGCUGCAUCCGAGACGGGAAGGUAGGGUUCCUUAUCUUGCUCAACAGUAAAGAUCUGUUCGGUGGGAUCAGAGGAGCACCCUAACCUUCGUCAUCGCACAAAUGUGCACUGCACCGGAGAAUCCUCCUCGCCACUUCACAAGAUGUGUCACAGGAGCUUAGCGAAUUUUCGAUCUCCUUUCUAGUAAAUAAAGUGAGCUCUGCGA